AUGAAGGUUUACACUAACGAAAAUAACACUGCCACGUUAAAAUUGCUCAUUGCGGCGAACUUAGGUAGCAUAAACAUUGAGCUACACAAAGCAACAUUCGAAGACUUGUUCUCAGGACCAAAGGUGCUCCCGCUGCUGGAGGUGGAUGAUCAGCUCAGUUUCUUCAGUAGCAAUGCUGCCACACAGUACCUGUUUCCGGUAUUGGAUUUAUCUGCUAAUGGACAGUGUCAACAAAUGCAAGAGUGGGAGGCAACCCGCCUCCUGCCGAUAGUGACAUCAGUAUUAACAAGUAAAACUGUGCCAUCUGAUCUCAAGCAAGCACUGAUAUCUGCACUGCUUAUGGUUGAUGCUGUGUUGGCCAAACAUAAGUUUAUACUUGGGGACAAAAUUUCCGCAGCAGAUAUAUCAAUAUGGAGUACAUUAUAUCCGCUUAAUUUCAAUAAAGAACUGAAGUCACAGUAUUUGGUGCAAUGUUCCAACAUUACGAGGUGGGCGGACGAAAUAAAUGCUGCAAAAGCUGUACAGGAAGCUGUCAAGCAGUGGGGCGGUUCUGUCGACAGACCGCCGGCGCCGCAGUGCGCGCUGGGCGUGCCGCAGUUCGGCAGCUUGGUGUCACCUAUUGGAUCUCCAGACGAAUCUCCAGACGCGACAGUGACAGCAGAGGAAAUAGAACUGGCAAAGGAAAACUGGCUGAAUGGCCUCAAGAAUCUACAGGAACCGCUCGUGCAGGAAAAAGUUAUAUUACCGAUCAAAGGCAAGAAGAACGUGCUCAUUACGUCCGCGCUGCCGUACGUCAACAACGUGCCUCACUUGGGCAACAUCAUCGGCUGUGUGCUGUCUGCUGAUAUAUUUGCUAGAUAUUGUCGAAUGUGCGACUACAACACGCUAUUCAUCUGCGGCACGGACGAGUACGGCACUGCCACCGAGACCAAGGCGUUAGAGGAGGGUGUGACGCCGAGACAGAUCUGCGACAAGUACUUCGAGCUCCACAACGGGGUGUAUCGCUGGUUCGAUAUCGGCUUCGACUACUUCGGACGCACUAGCACCAAGGAGCAGACCGAGAUAGCACAGAAAAUGUUUUUGAAAUUGUACGCGAACGGCUUCGUGAGUGAGCAGUCUGUGGAGCAACUGUACUGCGACAAGUGCGAGAGGUUCCUGGCUGACAGGUUCGUAGAAGGCACGUGUCCUCAGCCCGGCUGUUUGUAUGACAGUGCUCGCGGCGAUCAGUGCGAUAAGUGCGGCAAGUUGGUGAACGCCAUAGAGCUGAUACAGCCCAAGUGUAAAGUGUGCUCGCACACGCCCUCUGUGCGGCCCAGUGUGCAGCUGUUCAUUGAGCUGGGACAGCUGGAGGGGUCGCUGCGCUCGUGGGCGGGCGUCGCGGCGGCUGGGUGGUCUGCGCCGGCGCGCGCUGUGGGCCGCACGUGGCUGCGCGAGCCGCUGCGCGCGCGUGCCGUCACGCGUGAUCUGCGCUGGGGAGUGCCCGUGCCGCUGCAGCGGUACAAGGACAAGGUAUUCUACGUGUGGUUCGAUGCCCCCAUUGGCUACUGCAGCAUCACGCAGGCCGCCACCAACGACUACGAGAAGUGGUGGAAGAAGAACAAGGACUACGAUGUGAAGUUGUACCAGUUCAUGGCCAAAGACAACGUGCCCUUCCACGUGGUGAUGUUCCCGGCGACCGUCAUCGGCGUCAACGAGGGUCACAUCCUCGUCGACCACGUGUACGCCACCGAAUAUUUAAAUUACGAAGAUGGCAAGUUCUCUAAGUCUAGAGGCGUGGGCGUGUUCGGUACAGACGCACAGGAGACAGGCAUCCCGUCAGACGUGUGGCGGUUCUACCUGGCCAGCAUCAGGCCCGAGACCUCGGACUCCAGCUUCAGCUGGGCCGAGCUGGGCACCAGGAACAACUCGGAACUCCUAAACAAUUUGGGCAACUUCUGUCAUCGCUCUCUGAGUUUCUGCGCGAACACUUUCAAAGGGAUUGUGCCUGAGAUGAAUUUAACUGCAAGCGAUUAUGAGCUUAUCGCUCUUGUCAAUAGGGAGGUUGUUGCGUACGUGCAGCAUAUGGAGAAGGGUCGUCUCCGGGAGGCCCUUCGUCAUGUGCUGAGCAUCUCCAGGCUUGGAAACCAACACAUGCAGGCCACUCAGCCCUGGGUGCUGCUCAAGAGCGGGGAGGAGGAUAGGGUGAAAGGUGCAACAGCAAUAGGGCUCUGCUGCCAGCUGGUAGCGCUCCUAUGUGCCCUACUAGCGCCCUACAUCCCUAGUGCGGUGCGGCGGCUUCGGGAACAGUUAAAUGUGAAGCAAAUUGACAUGAGGAUAAACCCUAACAAUCCUACCCUGAUCCAGUACCUACCCCCCGGCCACAGGGUUGGUAAGCCGGAGCCCCUCUUCAGCAAGCUGGAGCCCUCGCUGCUGGAGAGCCUGAGGGCCAAGUAUGCUGGCAGUCAGCAGGACAGGGAGAGACGGGCAAACGGUGCAGCGAAAGCGUCAGUGCCCACCGUGUCAGAAAUUGAAGCCGCCAUCACAGCACAGGGUGAAAAAGUGCGACAAUUGAAAGCGACAACGAAAGACAAAACAGUAUGGAAGCCCGAAGUAGAUAAAUUACUCGCAUUGAAAAAACAACUCGCAGAGGCUCAGAAAAACAAUGCUACCAGCAAUAAUAGUAAUAAUGAUGUUGCCAGUUUGGAGAAAGCUAUCGCUGAACAGGGCGAGAAAGUAAGACAACUAAAAGCAUCGAAAAAGGACAAAAGCGUAUGGCAACCCGAGGUGAAUAAACUUCUUGCGCUAAAGAAGCAGUUAGCCAGUGUUCCCAGCUCUGCCGGCGCUACGUCCGGUGACAGUGUUGCCAGCCUGGAGAAAGCGAUAGCUGAACAGGGCGAAAAAGUGAGGAAACUAAAGGCAUCAACGAAAGACAAGGCGGUGUGGACGCCCGAGGUGAACAUACUGCUCGAUCUCAAGACGCGGCUCGCGCUGUUGCAGAACAAC